AUGGCGAACGUAUUAGAUGAGCUUCUUAAUGGAUAUGAUUUUGAAAACGAUUACAUGCCACUGGGUGUAACGAACGAAUCCAGUGCCGACCUUCCAAAUCAAGUACAUCAAACAUCAACAGGUGCGCCAUGGGUUGGAAACGCACCGACCCGGGUAGGAGGGAUGGAUCCAAACGAAAUCCAAGAGGAAGACCUAUCUGAUGAAAGUGACACGGAGAUAAAGCUUCUAGAGGAUCGUGUCCGAUAUCUCGAAGGAAGCUUGGACAACUAUCGCAAGGGCAAUCUUCAUAUGAGCAAGCGGAUGAAGGAGUUGCCAUCCAAGCGCGCGCUAAGAGAUUUACAAGUCAAACUUGGCGAAAUGUCCAAGAAUAUGGAGAAUCUACAAUCGAAAGUUCCCGAGAUCUACGCGAAGGAUAAGAACAGAGAUUUGCAGCAUACGCAGCUGUCCGAAAAGAUUGAAAGUCUGCAGGGUUGGGCGAACGAUAUGAAAGGGACCCUGGACAGGGUCGUUAAUGCCGUGAAGUACAUGCGAGGGGAGAACGAAAACACAACUGCGCCUAAUCGUCAAAAGAACAACCAGCGACUUCGGCGGAGCAGGGUAGGGUGA